AUGGAUUUCGCCAGCUUGAUGAAGUCGCAGAUUGCGUCCUCCAAACCCAAAGAGGACAGCGGUCCUAAGAAAUAUCUCAAACGUUCAGAAGUCGAGGCGCAACGGCAAGCGGAAUACCAACGCGAACAAGAGGAGUUGGAAAAGGCACGGCUUGAGCGUCUUGACAAGAAGCGAAAACGGGARGAGGAAGAAGCUGAACAGACGCGUGCGCGCGACGAGAAGAAACGACGAUUAGCUGAAGAAAGCAGACGAUUGCAGGAGCAGCAGGAUGAGGCAGAAGAAAGCGCACGACGGCAGCGUUUGGGAUUGCCACCCUUGGAGAAGAAGGUAGACAGUGCUCUCCUCCUCAAAGAGGGCGAGGAAGAUCUGUCCGAAGAGGACCUCCUGGCCAAAUUGCAGGAGCUUAAUGAACCACGAAAGCUGUUCGGCGAGACACAUAUCGAACGGCUGAGACGAUAUCGCAAACUCAUAAAGAAAGCACUUGCACCGAAGCUUACCACUGGACCUAUACCAACAACGUUGGAGCUGGUUCCCGAGGCUGAGAUGAGAGUGCCAGAGACAGUCCCCAAAGACCCCGAAGGCAAGAAGCUCUUGCGCAGACAGCUUGCCAGCUACUUUGACAUGCUGCUUUCUGAGUGGCAAUUCGCACUUUCACGGCGAACCAAGGAAGUAAAGGAAUCGUCGUCCGGUAAGACGGCCUACAGUUACUUUCUUCUUGCUGUGGACAAUCUGCGACCUCUCUUCAAGAAGCUUGAAAACGASGACUUUCCCGAAGUUUUACUUGCGCCUGUGUUGGAGCUUGUCAAUCUUGCACAGCUGAAAAAGUACGUUGCGGCCAAUGAUGCUUAUCUGCGGGUAUCUAUUGGCAAGGCAGCAUGGCCUAUUGGUGUCACCAUGGUUGGUAUUCACGAGCGAAGUGCGCGAGAGAAGCUGCACGAGACCGAGAAGACGGGAAAUCAGGCUCAUAUUCUCAGUGACGAGGUGACGAGAAAGAUGCUACAGGGCAUCAAGCGGUGUCUGAGUUAUGCGCAGACGCGAUGGCCACCAGAGGACAUUGGGCAACUCAUGGGCUAA